AACAGUUUCAGGGCGAGCCCCUCCUUCUUGUCCUCUUAAUCCCUCUGCUCCCGUCGAAGACUGUUCAAGAUGGCUUCGAUUCAGCGAUUCAUCAUCUCGGUGUUGGUGGUCUUGUCGGUGGCGUUUGUGUUUUUCGCCCAGGCGGCGGAUGCGGCGAAGGGCCCGAAGAUUACGCAUAAGGUCUACUUCGAUAUCAAGCAUGGCGACGAGGAGCUUGGACGCAUUGUGAUGGGUCUGUAUGGCAAGACUGUUCCCAAGACCGCUGAGAACUUCCGCGCUCUGGCUACCGGCGAGAAGGGCUUCGGCUAUGAGGGCUCCACCUUCCACCGUGUCAUCAAGGAUUUCAUGAUCCAGGGUGGUGACUUCACCAACGGUGAUGGAACCGGUGGCAAGUCCAUCUACGGCCAGAAGUUCCCGGAUGAGAACUUCAAGCUCAAGCACACCCGCAAGGGCCUCCUCAGCAUGGCCAACGCCGGAAAGGACACGAACGGCUCCCAGUUCUUCAUUACCACUGUUCCCACCAGCUGGCUCGAUGGCCGUCACGUCGUCUUCGGAGAGGUCUUGGAGGGCUAUGAAAUCGUGGACAAGAUUCAGAAUGUGGAGAAGAACCCUGGCGACAAGCCCGCCAAGCCGGUCACAAUUGUGAAGAGCGGCGAGCUGGAGAUGCCCGAAGAAGAUGAUUCCGAUGAUAUGGUGGCUGCCAUCGAAGGUGACGAUGCCGAUGUUGCUGAGGCACAGACAGAGUUCGCUUCUUUCGCAGAGCAUUCCGUUGACCAUGCCCUCAAGGGAGCUUCUGGCGAGACGGCAACCAUCGCAGCCACGGCAGAUGCCAGCACGGAAGGCUUGUCCUCUGCCCAGAAGCUCUUCUUUCUGGGUGCUAUAGUCUCAGUCUGCGUACUCUUCGUGCGUUCGCGGAGGGGCAAUAACGGCAUCGGAAUGGAAGCGUACAAGGAGAAGAGCAUGGCAUAGUGGCGAGGCCAGCUUUACGGCGACGUAAGGUGCUGACAUGACACUUCGCCUCUUCGCCUGUGAUCGGCUUCGCUCUGAGUUCCUGAUCGGCUAGUGCUGAUCGCUGUUGUAUUCUUAUUAGUUCACUCUGGUGUCCUACCUCGUGCGAAGUAGGCCUUUUCUCAGUGGGUAAGGUCGGACCAAGUAAGACGGCACUGAGAUCUGGAGGUUCUACUUGUGUAAGGGCAGAUGCGGCGGGUGUUAGUCCAGUAGAUUGAUGGCAAACGUCUUAGGCGUGCGCACAGGUCGCCGCCCCAGG